AUUGGUCGAUUACAUGCGGAGUCCUCAUACCUGGAUCCCCAUGCCGUGCUUAACGGCAGCAUUUCCACAGGAUGCGCUUGAUUAGGCUACUCAGUGAGAAAGGACCCCUUCUUAGACCACUCUUCAAGAGCCGCGCUCUUAUAAUGACAGCCCCAGAAAAACUCGUUGAGUUCUAGCGAGGGAGGUGCUAUUACGCACCAAACGAGUGUCCUAUCCAAUUAUCUGGAAACCCGGCAUGUGUUGUAAUUGAAUCCUUAUUCCCCAACCGGUUGUUAUGGAUGGAGGUCGAGAGAGGGGUUAGUUAGUGCCUGUUGCUCUUUCCUGGUGCAGCAUGUUGCACGGGGGGUCUCUCGCUUUAUCAGUCCUCAGGAUGGGCAAGUUGGAGGGAUUGAGGACGCUGCGCCGCCAACAAGAAUAAUUCACUCGUUUUCAGAGAGACGAUACGACUAGCGGAUAUAUUGGUUACACCAUGCAAUACGUUCGCCUGGGUCGAUAAUUUACGCUAUUUUUAGGAGGAGUUUGCCUUUAUUACAUGUGAAGUUCAAUGCUGGAAUAUAAUUUUUAAUACGGAGUGUUUUCUUUUGUUUGGAGCGUUUUUGUGUGUGAAGAACCUGCAGAGCAACUUUUGGAACAAAUUACGCAUACGCAGAGGAUGGUGUGUUACAUGUAGAGUGAAAGUUUCGCUCUACGCUCUGUUGGGUCAUUAUUGUAUUACAUUUUUGUAUGUUUUCUGCUUUGCUAACUAUAUUCAAGAACAAAAUAGGUUUAAAGUCCUGGACUGCAGGAGAAAUGGCCAGCGAACUGAAACCACGGCUUUGUAUCAUGACAAAGAGUGAGAACGGGUAUGGGUUUCACUUGCACGGUGAGAAGUGGAAGAACGGCCAGUUCAUUCGCAAAGUUGAGCCCGCGUCGUCAGCCGAAGCUUCGGGGCUGCGCCCGGGGGACCGUGUCAUUGAGGUGAACGGGGGAAAUGUGGAGAAAGAUACGCACCAUCAAGUGGUGCAGAGGAUCAAGGCUGUGGAGCAUGAGACCAGGCUGCUGGUGGUAGACCGGGAGACGGACGAGUACCUCCGCAGCCUGCGCCUCGUCUGCACCGAGGAGAUGGCUGUCCGUCUGGGGGACCCACCUCUGUGUCCCCUGCCUCACCACCCCUCCUCGCCCCCGGCCUCCUCGCCCACCGCCAAGAGAGAGAACGGCUCCGUGUCCAAGCUGCCCACUACCCUGACCAGAGAGGUACCCAAGCCCACGCGAAGGUCUCCGUCGCGGGCCGCCAAGAAGACUCCAGAGGCUGACGUAGAGAGUGGGGGGUACGACUGGAACGUCCCUCCUAGCUGUCAGUACCAGCUGUCUGUCUCACACCCUGUCUCCCACACACGUCUGUUUUCCCUCCUUGGCCUCCGCUGUGGUCCAUAA